AUUCAACAAUAUGGGUUCUCCGGAAAGCGAUGAUCUAGAACCUCCCGACCCUGACGCCGUAGAGACAGACCCAACUGGUCGCUACAUUCGCUACGGCGACGUUCUCGGCAGAGGAGCUUUCAAGACUGUCUACAGGGGAUUCGACGAAAUUGAUGGAAUCGAAGUAGCGUGGAGUCAAAUCGAGCUCGAUUGCCUGUCGCAGAAGCCACAAGAUAUUGAAAGGCUUGACUCCGAAGUUCACCUUCUCAAGUCUCUGAAGCACAACAACAUAAUCAAGUUUUACAGUUCAUGGGUCGAUGAUCUAAACAAAACCAUCAACAUCAUCACCGAAAUUUUUAGCUCAGGGACCUUGAGACAGUACAGCAAGAAGCAUAAGAAGGUAGACAUGAAGGUUGUGAAGGGUUGGGCGAGGCAGAUCUUAAUGGGUCUCGAUUAUCUUCACAGUCACAGUCCCCCUGUCAUACAUAGGGACAUCAAAUGUGAUAACAUCUUCAUCAAUGGCAACCACGGUGAAGUUCGGAUAGGCGAUCUCGGAUUGGCAACGGUUCUACAAGAGACAAGGGCUCGGACCUAUAUCGGAACUCCGGCGUUUAUGGCACCAGAGCUUUAUGAAGAAGAUUACAAUGAGUUGGUGGAUAUAUACUCCUUUGGGAUGUGUAUGCUAGAGAUGGUGACUUUUGAAUUGCCUUACAGUGAAUGUAAGAACCCAGCUCAGAUUUACAAGAAGGUAAUGGGUGGAAUAAGGCCUGUUGGGUUAUCUAAGGUGAAGGAUCCUGAAGUGAAGAGGUUCAUUGAGAAGUGUCUUGUUCCAGCAGAGGAAAGGUUGUCUGCUAAGGUGCUCUUGAAGGACCCUUUUCUGCAAACUCCGGAUGGUAUGUGUGAUUUCCCUGUUAGUUGUUUCUCUUCAAACCCAGAAAUGAAAAACUUUAUUUGUAUUCAAGCAAUUUGAAUUUUGUGACAAUUCCUUCAUAUAUU